GGAUGCUAAAGUCGCUAUUCAUGUACGUUGAAAACCAUUCGCUUGACUUAUAAGGCGCCCAUCUGUAUUGCGAUCAUUUUGGAGCAGCGAAAAAAAUGUUGCUGAGGGUGGGGUAGAUUAUUUUGUUGGAUCGCUGAUCGUUAUUCUUCGGUUCUUCAACUCUGCAUGUACAUACACGCGUCCGAUAUUACUCAAAUUGUGCGAUAGCGAUAUAUCGUAUUAUUAUUGUCGCGGCCAAGUUUGUGUUGUCUCGGUCUCGGAAAUCAGCGUAAAUUUAUCUUCUUGUUGCGAUUUUUCUUUAAUUCAACGAUAGUAAUGAUGGAUUUUGACAUUUCGGACAUCUCUAUCGCCGAUUUGUCUUUGGCCGACGUAGAUAUCGAGGUGGAGGACCCAGUAUGCUGCACGUGUACUGGGUCCUGCUUCUACGGAACGGGGAAAAGAAGUUGCCCCUGCAAGAGCGGGGGAAAAAUUGCACGAGAGUCUGCCGUUGUGGAGAGAAGCGGCCGUGUCGCAACAGGGCACCAGAUGUGUCUACCUCUGAAUCCAGUGACGAGGAAGCAAGUUCAGGUGCAACACAACCAGUCACCAAGUCCAGACGUCUUGAAACAGCAGAGGAUCAACACAAAGAGACGUUACAGAAAUUUGUGAGUGGUCUGGACACUGAUCAAAGAGGGGAUCUCCUUGUUUCACUGCUAGCAAGAUUUCCAGAGGCAUUUAUGGAUGCCAUGGCUGCCACCCAACCUGAACCUCCGCUACCCUUCGACGACCCAUCCUUGCCAGCUCCACCCUACUGCAGGUGUGGGAAAUGUCGACCAAUGCCAACAGAUGUUGAAAAUGUGUGCUGUGGUUUUGACAUCUGUGUGUCGACAACGCAAGCAUUUGCUGAUGCAGUUCUUAAUGGAAACGUCCUUGCUGCUGCAAUGCGUGCAGCAAACAAUGAAUUUCCCAGAGACAUAGCUCGUUCGAAUGAGUCUUAUCGGCACUAUGCGUAUAAGCAAUUCGUUCUUAUUCACCAUGGCCGUCUUGGUGCAGGAAUCCGGAGAGUUGUUCCAUCGUGUUCGGCACUGAGAAUUCGGCGUAGUUUCCCUGCACCGAAUAACAGAUACAAAGGAUUUGUUGAUGGAGUCCAAGACUAAGUGUCUUAUGUAAUCAUUGUGUUUGUGAGGUGAUGUACAUAUACAUUCUGCCUUCAAGUCAUCGCUCACCUAAUCAGACAAGUAACUUUGAACUUUCUUGCCUGUCUACUGGUUUUUAUUUGCCCCAAGCAAGCGGGUAGGUGGGUUUUUAGAACCCUGCCCCUUGGCUUUUAAAAUGAUUAGGAAUAAUUCUAAAAAUAUAACAAAAUGGAUAACAGUAGCAGCACCCUUAUUGGAAAUUUGAUAAAAAUGGUUAAUGGGGUAAUUUUAUGCCAAAUAGUUAGUAGUUGUAGACAAAGUGGGAUACGACCAUAUGAUAAGACUAAACGAAAAUUAGAGAUUUUCAGUGGUAUUCAGUCUUCAAAAAUCACAGCCUGUCAUGUUAUGUUGCAUAGAAUUUGUGAAAGUUAUUUUUCUAAUGCAAACAAAAUAGUUCAUGCAAAAUUAUGUAUAAAAAACAGACUUUAAUCUUGAAAAUUUAUACAUGAUAACAGUCUUCAUGAAUUAUAAUGAGUUAUAAUGCAUUUAGGCUAUUGUAUUGUUUUAUUAUCAUGUUACAUCAUUGGUUCACAUAAUCUGUAUUAUUGAUAUUUUGCAUCCUUUUUUAUUUCAUUCUUUUUAUGAGAAAUACAUGUGUAGUUAAUAUGAACUGUAAUUUUAUAUUAAGACUUUUGUGUAUCUUAGUGUUAAAUGAAAUAUGUACUCUUGCAAUUUCCUUGCAUAUAAUUUUUUAACAAACUGUGACUUCACCUUGCCUUUUUAUUGUUUAGACAUUUUCUAUUAGAUGUGGAGAUUUUUGUACUUUUGCAACCAGUUUCAAAUUAUAAUAUGCAUGUAGUAUGUUAUACAUGUAUGUGCAGGAUACGAUAGUAUGGUUAUUUAUGUCACCAAGACUGAUCAUAUCUCAAACAUGUGAUUUUUUUUUUUAUUGUACUAGAAAACCAGGCCAUUUAACAACAUCCUUGAUGAGUUGAUACCAAAGAAAUUAUCUUUUUUAUUGCAUUGUUAUAUUACUGUAUGUACAAAUGAUUACCUUUUUUAAUGCAUUAUGUCUUUUCAUCUGGCCCCCAUUUCAGGAAGUGUUCAACGUGAUAAACAGGGUCAGUUUUUUGCAUUCACAUUCCAUCGAGGUGUGAUUUAAUUCUGUGUUAUUGAACAGAUCUUGAUUGCAUAAAUUUGAAACGUGAUCGAUUUUGAAACGGGCAUCUGGGGGACAUACAUGUACUUUAUCAUGAAGACAUGAACAGGAUAUCGUUUGUAAAUUUCAUUGAAUAAUUUGCACACCGAAUCAGAUGCAAGUGAUUUUGAUAGCUAUUAACAUGUUGUUGAAUAUAACUUAUAAUGAUGUGGGUUGCUACAUUUAUCAACAAUUCACCUUGAAAUCUGUAAAGUAAUCUUGCCACUUUUGCAAUGGCUGUACUUUAAAAUCAUUUUUGUGCAUGAGGUUGACUGCCAAAGAACAAGAUAAAAAUGUAUCUAUAACGUGCAAUGUGUAUGUGCUAGCAGGAAGGACAAUGAUUUUGUCUAGAUUUAUACUACCCAUCAAUUUAUGAAAAACCUUUUUUUUCUUGCCCAUCAUCUGUGCUGAAAUUGUAAGACACCGGUGCUCAUUGACUCAAGAUUACCUCUUUUAUGAUAGUUUAUUCUAUACAUGUAAAUAAAAAAAUAUUGUACUUGCCAUACAGUUUGCAAUAUCUGUAUUCCUGAAGUGUUUUUCCGUUUUUUAUAUCGCAAAACAAUCCAGUGCCAGCAAUAAUCUAGUGUAUGUUUUUUUUUCUUUGUAAAUAAAGAUUCUAUCAAGUUUAUGUUUCAUAAAUUCAUGUUUCAUAGAUUUAUUGUUUGAUACGAGACUCAAGUUUAGUAUUUCAAUUUCCAGUUUGAUAUAAUGUCAGUAAUUUUAGCUAUGAUUUUUGCUCUGUCGGACUAGUGGAGUUUGUACACCAUCAUUUCACCAUCCCCGUAUACAUAUAUUUGUUUUGGUCCAUAUUAGAAAAUUUGCUUUCAAAAUUAAUCCAAACGGAGAUCCAGACCAAUAAGAAGAUUGCUUCAUCACAUCCAAAAGAAUUUGGAAGGUUAGAAAAAGAGUAUAAUUAAUGUACAUCAGUGGUGAUUGGUGAAUACAAACUGCUAAAAUCCUAGCCAAAAUUACUGAGUUGCAUGUUACAUACACACAGUGAGUUAGAAAAAAUCUUUACACCUCAAAAAGUGGCAAUUUAACCCUAAAAGGACGGGGGGGGGGAGGGAUGAUGACCACCCCCCUCAACGCUGUACCCAAUUUAUCUGAAAUGAAAAGAGACAGCACUGCAAAAAUUUCAUGACUUUCUUUCAGGUCUCGCGCAACUUUUGAGAGCAAUUUCAUAACAUACGGGUAUAGCAUCUCGAUGCCACAUGACUUUUUACAAGACAAUGUCAU